CGGGUUUACAAGUUGUCAUUCAUAUAGACGGCUUGCCGGUUGACGUCAUAAGGAAAUGUAAACAAGCUGCGUGCGCAUCCGUGUAGUCAGAAAAACAUUGAUUGAAUUGAACGCGCUGUGAAAACAGGUAAUGCACAGCUGAUCAUGUUUCGGGCACACUUAUUCUGAGUUUGCAAACGUGUUAAUUACAAGUGAAUACCGUUUAAGUUAAACAUGGUGACAGGUAUUCAAAAGAACACGCAGUAAAACACGCUGUGGAACCAAAAUCCUCACAGCUGAUGUUGUUUUGAACCCGCCAAUGUUAGGCCUAUAUAAAGAACUGUGUUUUCCCGUUAGCUUCAGUCUGGUGCCAAAUUGAUCGAAACAUGGAUUCUGUUUAUUUAAUGAGCCUCAACCAGAGGACAGAAAUCACUAUAAAUGAAAGUUACGGCUUGAAACUGGCGAACAGCUCCCGGAUCCUUUCGCAAUGACUAGCGGCUGGAGCAACGACAUCACAUUAUUACCAAGUUUGUCUUGGAGAGACGUGACUGAGUACCUUAUCGACACUCCAAGCAAAUUUACAAAAGAGGCACUAAAAGCGUACAAGUCUCUAGAAGCAUACAACUACUUCAUAUGCAAUCAUGUGCAUGACUGCUAUUACCAUGAAGUUUCAAAAGACAGCGAGUUAUGUUUUAUCAAAUCGGAGGUACUGCCAAGCCAACGCCAAGGAGAGAAAACCACUUUGUAUAAAGUAUGGGUGUGUUUGAACAAGAAAUUUGGGUGGUUCCUUACUGGAAACUGCACCUGUAUGGCUGGCUUAGGGUCUGCAUGUAGCCAUUUGGCUGCGCUCUUGUUCAAACUCGAGGCUGCAGUACACUACAACCUCAAUGAGAAAACUGCAUCUACAAGUCAGUUACGCUCUUGGAAUGCAGCCAGAAAACAUGUAACACCUGCCCCUGCAUCUGUCAUUGAUUUUUCAAGGCCAAAGAAAAGAACAUUGCCAAAAUAUCAUGAAAAAAUAAGGAGCAGUACAAAUUUCAGUUGUGAAGAUCCAACGAUUGGAGAAGGGGCCAUCCCUAUUGAAAAAUUUUCAGAACUAUACAACAUUUUUCCCAAGGCUGCUGUUUUUACAAGUUUGCCCAUACAUGAGUUUACAAAUGUUGAAGAAAACAAAAGGGAGAACACAGCUGCUCAAGAAAUGGAUGGAAGUGACACUGAUUCUGAUAUUGAGAGUGACCCAAGUAUUAUCCCUGAGCAUUUGACUUCUCUUUUUGAUCCUACUGCUGUCAACAUGGAUGAUUUUGCUUUGGAUGAGCAUGCCAGGAAACAAUUUAAUUUAUAUCGGGAAAAUAACUUUAAAAGGGCUUUUGAUAACCUUAGAAAAUUGACAGAGAAGCAAUCGUUAAAUCCAGCUUGGAUGAUGCACAGAGCAGAAAGGAUCACAGCAUCAAUCUGCUCCAAAGUUUCUCGUAUGAAAGACAGUAAAUCUUUGAUUUCGAAUAUAAUGCAAUACAAUGAUGGUUUUACAUCAAAAUUCACAGAUUUUGGAAAGACCAUAGAACCCUUGGCAAGAAGCAGCUUUAUCAAAACUGAGGAGGACAAACACGCCAAUUUUAGUGUUAUUUUAUCAGGUCUAAUUGUUAAUGCUGAAGAACCAUAUCUUGGAGCUUCUCCAGAUGGUAUUGUUACAUGCAGCUGCCAUGGAAAAGGAGUGCUCGAAAUAAAAUGUCCCUUUAAUUACAAAGAUGGUUUUGAUGGUUGGCAGCACGAUAAGAACUUUCCACUUGCAAGCCUUGGUCCUGGCUUUAUCAUGAAAAAGAACCACCUUUACUACUACCAAAUUCAGCUACAAAUGGAACUAUCUGGAGCAGAGUUUGGGUAUUUUUACAUUUUUGUUGGCAAUAAAAAGGAAGGGAUGAUUUGCCCUGUAGGUAAAAAAACAAUGACUUCAUAACUAAAUUAAAGGAGACUCUUACAAGCAAAUUGUUUACAUCUAUCCUUCCUGAAAUUGUGUCUAGGAAGACAGAGCUUGGAACACCAACAAAUCGUUCCUUAUAUUGUACAUGUAGGAGACCAAAGUUUGGAAAAAUGAUCUUAUGUGAAAACAAAGAUUGUAAAAUUAGAUGGUACCACUAUCCUUGUGUAGAAAUGAAAAGGCGUCCAAAUGAAAGUUGGUACUGUAGAGAUUGUAAAUUUUAGCCCUUAUAUGACCAAAAAGUCGUAAACCUUUUAUCCAUGUGAUAUUUUUAAUUUGUGUCUUGUAUUUUGGUGUCAUAUAUACAUACAGCACCCCUCCCCCCUCAUAAACCUGUUUCAGCCUAACAUGCAUUUUGGGGGAGAAAUGGAUCAAAAUUCUGAUGUUCAUUAAACAGUACAUGUAAAUAAAAUCAAAACAUGUUCUAUUUGUUAACAACACUUUGGUUUAAAUUUACAAUACCG